GAAAAAGACGUCAUAUAGACAAAAGCGACACCAUCAUGUACACAAAUAAUUAACGAAGAAACUUAACAUUUAUGAAAGUAAUUGAGCAUUGUUGUUGGAUUAUCCGAUUGUAUUUGUGUUUACAAGACUGCAUGCUGUAAUGUGGUAAAAGAAGCCUUGCAUUCAUGAUGGAAGAUGCUGUCAGUCGAAGUUCACUUGAUUCAUCAUCAACUGGAGACGAAUACGUUCUGGUGAACGCCGAUCCAAAACUGAAAAUAACAGGCGAUAUUAAUGACUUGAACACAGAGGUCAGUGAUCAGGAGAGCAUCAAGAGUCGACGAGGCAGUAGAAUGGCCGACAGUGCGGAGAGAGAUAUCGGUCAUGUGAUCCCAAGUAGCCAAUCAGUUGAUGUUCUCAACACAAACAUGUCGGCAGACACCGGAGCCCAAAUACCCUCCGGUAACGCAGCAGGGUCCGUGUCACUGCCCACUACGCCGACAGGGGACUGUAUUGUGUUUCACGGAGUUACCUACCUUGGCUGCGCGGUAGUCAACGCCCCUCGUAGCGAGGUCGAGAUAUAUCGGAACAUGGCGAUCCUUAAUGAGCAGUGUCUGGGGGCCAUGCCCAUCGUCUUGUCCGUGCCUGCCACUGCGGACGGCAUUGUCAGUCAAUCAGAUGGAAUCGUUAGGUUACUGGAGCCGGACUCAGACACAGAGAUAUCAAGCUACAAGAUCCACAGGAUUCUGUUCUGCGCGCGCGGGCCGAUCGAGAGCAACGAGAAGAGGUGCUUUGCGUUUACGUUCAGCCAUGGAGACUCUGCUGAGUCGGCCAUUUUCCAGUGCCAUGUGUUCCGAUGCGAUUUACCAGAGGCGGUGGCAAAAAUCCUGUACUGUUUUGCCAAUACUUUCCGUCGCGUUCCAAGGAACAGGUCCACUGCACCUAAAGCAAUCUCUGCGACAAACGAGGAAUUUGUGUUCUCUGUGAACCUUGAAUUCCGGGAGGACGACGGGAAGGGAGGUUACUCGCUCUGUCCACGAGACAAGAACGUGUUUAAGUUGCGGUGUAGCCUGGAUAAGAAGUUGACGUUAACCGUGCAGCAGACGGGCUCCAAGCAGCUGAAGAUUGAGAGAUGUUUUGGCCUUCUGCUCAGUCCCGGGAGAAACGUCAAGCAUGGAGAUAUGACGCUCAUUGAAAAGACGUCCAUGGGAUACACGGCAGAAGAUGGUAUCUACUCGAUCACAGGCACCUGGGAUCCCACAGAGGCCAGCUUUGCUGUACUGAACACAGAGACCCCUCAUGAUACGCGGGUGUUCAUGACGGUGGCCAUAGACCUGGUGAUAGUGGGUAUUCAGGAGCCAGUGAGGUUUGCCAUUGAGACGAAGGCCAAGGUCUUCCCAGCGACAGAGAAGUUCUGGUACUUCAUGAACAAGCCACACACCGAGCUCUUCCAUCUCAAGUUGAAGCAGGUGGAGGGUCAGAACGGAGAGGUGGGCCAUGAGGUGUUGGGGGUGACCAGUCAGACCGAGCUCGACCGCAAGAAGGGAGGCCUCACCCUGCCCCUGAGCCAGGUGAAGUUUCCUGCGGCUGAGAUCGAGACACCACAAGAGGCCCCGGAAGACCUAUCAGACGGUGAUGAACCGUUACUCAGUGGGUCAGGCAAUGUCAGCAAGGAGAUCACAGAUGAGAACUUAUUGGAAGCGUGGAGGGACGUACUGAAGAAAUGGCACCAGAACCUAACACAGAAACCCAAACAGGUGACCCAGCUGUCCAGAAAGGGUGUUCCAGAGGCCCUGAGGGGAGAGGUUUGGCAGCUGCUGGCAGGGUGCCAAAACAACACGGAGCUCCUCGAGGCAUACAGGAUACUCAUCACCAAGGAGAGUCCGGGAGAGGCUGUGAUUCAGAGGGACAUCAACCGGACAUUUCCGGCUCACGACUUCUUUAAGGAGUCCGGGGGAAUAGGCCAGGAGUCCCUCUUCAGGAUUAGCAAGGCAUAUUCAGUGUACGAUGAAGAGAUUGGUUAUUGCCAAGGGCAGUCAUUCUUGGCAGCAGCUCUACUUCUUCAUAUGCCGGAGGAGCAGGCAUUCAGUGUGCUCGUGAAGAUCAUGUUUGACUACGGUCUCAGAGACUUCUUCAAGAACGACUUCUCCGUGUUACACCUGUCCUUCUACCAGCUGGAGAGACUGCUUCAGGACCACAUGCCGGAGUUGUUCGACCACUUCCUGCAGAUGAACCUGGAAGCCCACAUGUACGCCUCCCAGUGGUUCCUCACACUGUUCACGGCCAAGUUCCCACUGUUCAUGGUCUACCAUAUUCUGGACGUCUUCCUAAGCGAGGGCAGGAAUACGCUGUUCAGCAUCGCUAUGGCCCUUCUGAAGGUGUCGCGUAAAGACCUUCUGGCUCUCGACUUUGAGGGCAUCCUGAAGUACUUCCGGGUCCAGUUACCCAAGAGGUUCCGAACUGAGGAGGCUACCAGUGAACUCAUGCAGGUUGCCCUGAACCUUAAGAUCCGCGGCUCGAAGCUGAAGAAAUAUGAGAAGGAGUACCAGGCCAUCAAAGAGCAGGAGAUGCAGCAGGAAGACCCCCUACAGAGAUAUGAGCGUGAAAACAAGCGUCUGAUGGAGGCCAACAUUCGUCUUGAGCAGGAGAAUGAUGACAUGGCCCACGAACUGGUAGAGAGCAAACUGAACCUAACCAAGCAGUUAGACCAGAGUCAAGACCUGAGCGAGAGUCUGACACGAGAGUUAAUGACGACCAAGAAGAAGUUGUUAGAGACGGAGGAGGAGAAACAGAGACUGGAGACUGAGUCUGCACAGGUGAAGGAGAUGUGUAGACGGGAGCUUGAACGAUUGGAGACGGACAAUAGUAGAAACUCUGUGAUUAUCACUGAUUACAAACAGAUAUGCUCACAGCUGAGUGAAAGACUGGAAAAACAGCAGACGGCUAGCAAAACUGAGCUCCGGUCAAUAAGAGACCAGGUCAAAGGCUGUGAGAACUGUAGCAAGUUGUUUGAACCUGAUGGUACGGUUCGAAUACCCGAGCCAAAAGUUGACCCAGGAAGUUUUGAACCCCAAAAUUAGAGUUCGAAAGACCACAUUAGGGAACUAGAGUUGGAAUUAGCGCAAACGAAACUGGCAUUAGUGGAAUCGGAGUGUAAGACUCAGGAUUUAACGCAUCAGCUAACGUCGGCGGUGACGGAAAUUCAAGCCUCGAAGAGCACGUGGUUUUCAACAGAUUCAAAACUCAAUAAAGGAGGUGGCCAGUACGCAGAAGAAGGGACUCUUCAAAAAUGCAAAGCAAAGAAAGAUUCCACGACAAAGGAAUGA